CCCUCACUACUCCCCCUCCUCCACCGCCUCCGCCGGAGCCACGGGCGCCGCCGCCGCCGCCGCCGCUGCCGUGCCCCCCCCCCUCCCCGUCUAGCGGACGCGGAGGGGCACGACCUCCUCUCGUUCCCCUUCCCCUAGCCAUCUCCUCCGUGCGGCCCGCCCUCCCUCGCGCGCACGGCCGGCGAGCGUAUCGGCCUCUCGGGUUCCGAUCGACCUGAAGGUUUUGUGAACAAUCUCAAGAUUGCGCUCGCCUGUUUGUUUCAAAGGGCGAUCUACUGCUUUGGAAGGAGACGGCAGGUUCUUGGCAUCACUGGGCUAUUAUCAUUCAGUGAUCCCUGAACAAGAUUGUUGAAGAUGCCAAAUGCAGAGAGCAGUUUGUUCAAGAUGCCAACUGCAGAUGCAAAUAUUGCUGCCCUGCACAAGGAAUGGGAUGAUGCUCUGUGCCCAAUUUGCAUGGACCAUCCCCACAAUGCUGUUCUUCUUCUGUGCAGCUCCCAUGACAAAGGAUGCAGAUCCUAUAUAUGUGAUACAAGCUAUAGACAUUCGAAUUGCCUAGACAGGUUCAAGAAAAUGAAAGUAGAUCACAGUGACAGUUCUUCACAGCCAAGCUCGUCCUUGCCUAGGGACAUGACUAACGAAGUUGUUGUCCAGAGAUCUCGUUUUGAUCUCUUUGGAGAAAACCGUAGUCUACUAACACACACAUCUGAAUCCCAUGAAGUUUUCAAUCAAGAUGCUACCGAAACCUCUGCUGCCAUGUCUGGUCAUCAGGGAGAAGGUAAUUAUAAUCAAGAUCCAGAUUUGACAUUGGUUGCUCAGGAAGGAGAGGGCAGUGGACCUGUGGAGUCUAGUGAAGCAACACACGUGAAUCAAUUGGCAUGCCCUUUAUGUAGGGGCACUGUCAAAGGCUGGAAGAUCAUCAAAGAAGCCAGAGAAUAUUUGGAUGAGAAAUCGAGAGCUUGUUCACGGGAAACAUGUGCAUUUUCUGGCAACUACAGGGAGCUCCGUAGGCAUGCCAGGAGAAUCCAUCCGGCAACAAGGCCUGCUGAUGUGGAUCCAUCAAGACGCCGUGCGUGGCACCGCCUGGAGCACCAGCGUGAAUAUGGUGACAUACUGAGUGCAAUCAGGUCGGCUAUGCCUGGAGCAGUUGUGUUUGGUGAUUAUGUUGUUGAAGGGGGUGAUGUGUUUUCAUCUGACCAGGAAGGCAGCAUUCCAAAUGAACCAAGUGGAUCUUUGUUGACAACUUUCUUUCUGUUCCAUAUGAUCAGUAGUAGUCCAAUGAGAUCAGGAGAUGAGACAAGAGGUUCAUCAAGGGGGCUGAGAAGGCAGAGGCGCCGUUAUCUAUGGGGAGAGAACUUACUAGGUCUCCAAUAUGAAGACGAGGACGAGGACGAUGAGGAAGAUAACCUAGAUGAAGAUGUUCAAAGACCAAGGAGUCGCAGGAGGUUUGUAAGAUCAAGGUCAGAGGAGCGAUCCUAAUGCUCGGUAACCUGGGUAAUAAGCUUCGUUACUUGUGAAGUUCGAUCCCCAUGAACUGUUGAUGAGUCCUUCCACGGUCUUAAAAAUGUCAGUUGGCUAGUGAGAUGCAGGUGGUCUGCUGCUGUGAAUGGUAACAUGUGUUGUGUCAUCCAAUGCAGUGCAAGGGCCAAACCAAAUGUGUUAAUCGGAUAACCUAGGUGCAUUCCAAAUGGGUUGUGUUCACAAAGCCUUCUGUAAUGAUGUAGAGAAUAGCCGAAAUUGCCAUGCUUAGAGCUUUGGCACUUGCUCAACGAAAAAUGCUGUAAGCUCUCUUGGUGUUUGGAAAUGCUGUAAGCUCUCUCAACAAAGCUUGGUAUCUUCCAUUUAUUGUAUAGAGUAUCUGAAAAUACAUUGUACGGCGUUCGUGAUGCAA